GUAAAAAUCAAUAACCAUAGAUCGUUAUUAUCAUAGUCGACAUGUUUCAUGCAUGACUUUAUUUAUGAUCUAUAAAAGCGAUUACCAUUCAAACAGAUGGCUUCACCAUUUAAUGGCGAACUAAUACAUCAGAAUAACGACAAUUCACAACACACAAAACCACUUCCUAAUGGCAAGAAAUUCCACGUGUUUAUAUCCUACAGUGAAAGUGACAGAUCCUGGGUUGGAACAGUAAUACAACACUUACAAAACGACUACAACUUUAAGUGUUUUGAGCAUUCUGCAGAUUUUAUACCAGGAAAGAAAAUAACGGAAAACAUAGAAUAUGCUAUGUCCAACUCCGUGAAAACAAUGUUUAUUUUAACGGAGGAGUAUUAUAAGAGUUAUUGGUGUCAAUAUGAAGUGGAAUUCGCUAUAAUAAAGUUGUUAGCUGAAAUGAAAGAAAAUGUCAUCAUUCCAGUUUUAAAGGAAGACUGUGAGAUACCAGGCUAUCUUAGACCAUUCACUUAUGUGAACGCCACAGGGGAUAUAAACGUCUGGCUUCCAAGACUUGUUUCAGCUAUGGAAGCAGAAGGCGUGCAGUAUAAUCAUGACGUUGAUUUAACCAGGGUAAAAGAUGCAGUAAAUCGACACCGUAAUCUUGAGAUACUGUACAAGGAGAAAAGUCAAUUUAGCUGCAGCGAUCCUGUCUUCAAAUCAAAAUACGUGCCUACAUCAUUGAGUAAAGAUCCUGUAAACAUUAACCAACAGCUUUACCAUGACAUAAUACAAAAAUUGUCAUCCAGUCUUCUAGUAAAAGGUCGGCACUGUCGGAAUCUGUGGUGGCCAACAACAUUCUUCUGGGCUGCGCUUUUUGUGACAAUGAAUGGUUUCGGAAUGACAUUUGUCAUCUUAUCUGUUCAUUAUUUGAUAUUAGCUGAGAAGCUUGAUGAAGAACACGCAAAGGGAAAAGAGCUUGACACCACGGCGGAACAUCCACUUUAUUUAUAUAUUGUGGCAGGAGUCGUUCAAUCCAUUGGACUGUUUACUAUAAUGUGGUCGAUUGUGUGUUGUUAUUCUGAAUAUAAGGGAAAACGUCAGACUCAUCGUGAUCUUCGUGAGAUGAACAAAAGACUUCUGCCCUCCAAAGUUUUAGUUGCCUAUAGAAGACAAAGAUUUCUUGCCAACUUUACCAUAUAUUUUCUAUUUUACGAUAUGACUCAGUGUGUGAAUCAUAUAGCUUUAGAAAUACACAACAGAAGGAUUCGACAGCGUCAGAAUGGCGGUGAGAUGGAAUUUAUCAUGAAUGAUGGGGACGAUGUACACUUAUUGGAUGAUACAACAGAAAGAUCAAUGAAUGAUGAUCUUCAGGAAAAUAUAACUGAACAUUUGUUGGAUUUAAGCUCGGCAUAUUUAAUGGAAUAUAUGAAUGAAAGACUAGACCUGCCUAUCGAUUCUAUCAGACACGCGUCACAAGCAAAGUGUCUUUGUCAGUUUGCAGAAUCAAACAACACAGAUUUGGACAAUGUGAUUAAUGUAUAAUAAUCUUUUCCUAUUGUACACAUUACAUUGACUGGUCAUUCUCAUGCUCAAGAUUGAUAAAUCCUACGAAAGAUAGGAGCAAAUGUAUUUAUUUCAGAGCAGAUUAUUUUUACAAAUAAAAUUGUAUAUCUACUUAUUAAUAUUAUCAAAUAAAAGAUAUUUUAAUUA